GUCUAGUCUGUAUCUAGUCUGCACCUUAUCCGCCAUGUUCCGCCCCUCCCUCGCCCGCACCGCUGCGCCCCUCGCCCGCGCCCACGCCCGCUCCUUCGUGUCCCGCGCCACGUUUGUCGGCCGCCUCGGCACCGCCCCCGAGAAGAGCACCACCUCCGCCGGCCAGCCGUACUACAAGUACCCCCUCGCAGUCUCAAAGCCCCCCAAGCGCGACGCCGAAGGCAAGGUCAUCCUCGACGAAGGCGGCUACCCCGUCCGUGCUGACCCUUCCUGGUUCACCAUCUUCAACUUCAACGAGCGUGCCGAGGCAAGGAUAGAGUCGCUCGUCCCCGGCUCGUUGCUCUAUGUCGAAGCCAACAUCGACACCAUCACCAGCCCCUCUGCCGCCGAGGGCUCCCCAGGCACCAAGCAGUAUGUCUUCAGGGAGGUCAGCCACAAGGUCCUUUCCAAGCCCAGGCAAGAGUAGUCGUGAUGCGGAAGGAUUAUGAUUCUAUAAAUGGAUACAAACGUCUCCUCUCCGUUUUUAGUAGAAUGCCAAAUCCG